AAUCAGGGGUGUAUCUAGAAUGACUAGGAGGUGUAAGUAGCAGUUUAAAAUGUAUAGAAAUGCCUGUUUGUUGCAUUCUUCUGUUUAAAUUCAACCAUGGCUAUGGCGGCGAGGUGUAUGAUUCAGAAGACGAGGAAUAUUAUUGGUGGUGUGACUCUUCUCCUACGUUCUACUUCUCGCUCUUCCCACUCUUUCAUUCUCCAAAAUCGUUAUCUCUCUCCACCAAAUUCUCACAUUCUCCCUUUCUCCACUCCUCACACAUCCUUCUCUCGCCAUUUUUCACCUUCACUUUCAGAUGAGACAAGUGAUGAAGGUGCAAGCACAGAUGGAUGGGAGGAAGAAGACGAGACUGAUCCUAAGAUUGGUGACGGAGGAAAUGGUGGUGGGGUUGUCUUGCAAAAUGUGCCAUGGGGUCAGCGAGCCCACUCUAUUGCGGAGGAGGUCCUUGUGCAGUUCAGUGAGGACCUCAAACUAUUUGCUUUCAAGACUAGUCCCCGUGGAUAUGUUUACGUGAGAUUGGAUAAAUUAACAACCAAAUAUGGAUGUCCAAGCAUGGAGGAGCUUGAUAGCUACAAUCAGGAAUUCAAGAAAAGAUUAGAUGAAGUUGGAGCACUUGGAGAAAUACCUGAUGAUUUGGGUCUUGAGGUUUCUUCCCCGGGUCUUGAUAGGAUUCUGAAAGUGCCAGAUGAUCUUAAUCGAUUUAAAGAAAUGCCUAUGAGAGUUUGCUAUGCAGAAAAUAUAGAGUCAAAUUGUCGUGAAGUGGAUGGAGUAUUCUUGCUAGAUUCCAUUGAAAUAGACUCUGAGGUAUGUGUUUGGAAGCUGGCAGAUGUUAAAGAGAAUAGAGACGCUACAAUAAAAGGCAAGCCGUUGAAUCGUAAACAGAAAGAUUGGAGAUUAAGAUUGCCAUUCAACUUGCAUAGAAUGGUAACUAUGUACAUUGAUUAGUUGUAAAAUCUUAUGUUACUUGAUUUAGGAAUUUGUGAUUUCUCUCUAUCUCUCCAACCCUUCCCCCAGCCCUUAUCUUUGAUAUGUGGAAAUAUUUUCAGAAAAAAUACAACAAUAACUCCAAUUGUAAUCUACAUGGUACGUAAGCUGUAUUACUACUGUGAAGUCAAUAAUACAACAAUAUUGGUAAUAUAAUUUUCCCCCCUCAUUUUGUUACCAUUUUAUGGUAUCUUUAUCAUUUUACUCAAGAAAAAAUAGGGGUUGUGAAUUACA